UUAUUAUGAUCAUUGUUGUAAAGUUUUAAAGCUUUAAUUUUUAUUUUAUACGACCACCUCAAUAAAUUAUUAAAAGAAAAAAGACAAUUUAUUGAAAAUUAAUAAUUACACUUAACAAUAUGUAUACAUUAACAUCUAAUUUAUAGACAUUUUUAAAAUAAUUUAGAGUUCAACACUAAUAUAAACAUCAACAUCAUUAUUAUACUUAGAAUUGUUAAUAAAUAGACUGCAAAAAUUGAAGGUCCGUGGGAUUGGUGUUCUCCACCUGUGCAUCUUUUUUCGUCCAUUAGUGCACGAUCUAGUGCACUACAUAUGGGUCCAAUGGAACCAGAUUCACCUUUGCCUAAUCGGCUAACACACGUCUCUGAUAAACAUCCAAGAUGUAUGUUAGCCGAAUUCAGUUCUAUGCGCCGUCAUCGUGAAUUAUGUGAUGUUGUUCUCAAUAUCAACAAUCGAAAAAUAUUCGCUCACCGUAACAUUUUAUCAGCGUGUAGUCCUUACUUCAGAGCUAUGUUUAAUGGAGAUCUAGCUGAGUCUCGACAAACAGAAGUCACCAUACGUGAUAUGGAUGAAAUAGCAAUGGAACUUUUAAUUGAAUUUUGUUAUUCAGCUCGAAUCACAGUAGAAGAAUCUAAUGUCCAAACACUUCUUCCAGCUGCUUGUCUAUUGCAGUUAACUGAAAUACAGGAUAUCUGUUGUGAGUUUUUAAGAAGACAACUCGAUCCAUCAAAUUGUCUGGGCAUCAGAGCAUUUGCAGAUACACAUUCUUGUCUUGAUCUUUUACGUGUAGCUGAUAAAUACACACAGCAUAAUUUUCAAGAAGUUAUGGAGAGUGAAGAAUUUCUUCUUCUUCCAGUUACACAACUAAUCGAUUUAAUUGCCAGUGAUGAACUUAAUGUAAGAACAGAAGAGCAAGUGUUCAGCGCUGCAAUGUCUUGGGUGAAAUAUAAUAUUUCUGAGCGACGGCAAAAUCUUCCACAGGUACUUCAGCAUGUACGAUUACCUUUAUUAAGUCCCAAGUUUCUAGUUGGCACAGUAGGAGCUGACUUAUUAGUUCGUAGUGAUGAAACAUGUAGAGAUCUCGUUGAUGAAGCUAAAAAUUAUUUACUGUUACCACAAGAACGACCUUUAAUGCAAGGACCCCGAACUCGACCUCGCAAACCUACUCAAAGGGGUCAACUUUUAUUUGCUGUUGGAGGUUGGUGUAGUGGAGAUGCUAUAGCUUCAGUUGAACGUUAUGACCCACAGACAGAAGAUUGGAAGUUGCAGGCACAAAUGAGUAAGCGAAGAUGUGGAGUUGGAGUAGCUGUACUUAAUGAUUUAUUAUAUGCAGUUGGUGGACAUGAUGGACAAUCAUACCUUAACAGUAUAGAACGAUAUGAUCCUCAGACCAAUCAAUGGUCUUGUGACGUGGCUCCUACAACUUCAUGUCGAACAAGUGUUGGAGUGGCUGUUUUAGAUGGUUUACUGUAUGCAGUAGGAGGUCAAGAUGGUGUACAAUGUUUAAGUCAUGUUGAACGUUAUGACCCUAAGGAAAAUAAGUGGAGUAAAGUGGCCCCUAUGACAACAAGAAGAUUAGGUGUUGCUGUUGCAGUAUUAGGAGGUUAUUUGUAUGCGAUUGGUGGGUCAGAUGGACAAUCACCGUUAAGUUCUGUCGAACGUUAUGAUCCAAGACAGAAUAAAUGGACAGUAAUGGCACCAAUGUCAACAAGAAGGAAACAUUUGGGAUGCGCUGUUUAUAAAGAUAUGAUAUAUGCAGUUGGAGGCCGUGAUGAUUGCAUGGAAUUAAGUAGUGCUGAAAGAUAUAAUCCACAUACAAAUUCGUGGUCUCCAAUAGUUGCUAUGACAUCUCGAAGAAGCGGUGUAGGUUUAGCUGUGGUCAAUGGACAACUAUAUGCUGUUGGUGGAUUCGAUGGAACAGCAUACCUAAAAACAAUUGAAGUAUACGAUCAAAGCCAAAAUCAGUGGCGGCUUUGUGGUACUAUGAACUAUAGGCGUCUUGGAGGUGGUGUUGGAGUAAUGAGAUCACCUCAAACGGAUAACAAUUUUUAAACUAUUUCAGAAUCUGUUUAUUUUAUUAUAUAAUUAAUAGUGUAGAUUUAUUGUUUAUAUUGUUUUAUUUCUACUCUACUCUAAUCAGUCACUGAGAUGUAUUUUAAUUUAAGAAAAAUUAUUAUUUUUAAAGUGCUAUUGUAGAAUUUUUUUUAGCAAUACAAUGCAACUUAAAUAUAUAUUAAUUGUAACUUAAAGCUUUAAAGAUAAUUUUCUUUGGUGUAUUAAUCACAAAUAAAUUGAUAAUACAUACAAUGUGUGUUAACUCAAUUUGAUAAAAAUAUAUAUAUUAUGUUAAUAAAAUUUAAUUCAGUUAGAACAACUUGAUGUAAUAAGAUGUUUUUUACAUCCCACUAUGAAAUUGGAAAAAAAAUGAAAAAUCUUAAUUUAUAACGUUGAAUGUUUACAUUUUAUAGAUAGGAAAUUAAAAUAAUAACUAAUAGAGUUCAGAAAUGUUAUAAUUCUAUACUAUCAACUGUUAGAAAAAGUAUGUUCAAAUUGAUUUUUAAGUAGGUAUAUAUAACAACCUAAUGUGUUCUGUAAAAUUGUAUACUAAAUAACUUUUAACAUAGUUCAAUAUUGUGUUAUAACUUAUAACAUCUAUCAAUCUGAAAAUACUUGGGAGAUGUAUACAUUUUAUGUGUUUAAGGAAAAAGUAAAAUUUAAUCAUAAAUUCUUGCAUACUGCAUAAAAAAAUGUCUUCCUUUUAUUUUGCUAAAUUUUAAAAUUAAUCUGUAAGUUGAAUACUUAGCUUUAAACUCAGAAAAUAUUAAUCAAUGUUAGGCCAUAAUAUAUUAUUAAAUUAAAUAAUUUUAAAACUAAUGUAAACCUUUUAGUUUUAAAAGUAAUUAAGACCAAACAAUGUGUUUUAGUGUUUUUAAAAUUAUAUUAUUAGAUAUAAUUAGGACUAAGAUUUUUUUUGUUCGCAAUCAAAAUCUGAAAUAUGCACUUAAUUAAAAAAAAAAAUGUUCUUUUAUUCAUUUUUCAAUAUGUGUAAUGGCUAUAUAUACUUAGGCACAUAGUGAGUAAAUAUUUAAUUAUUAUUAAUACAUUUAAAAAAAAAAUGUAACAAUGCCAUUCUUAUGUGUUUCAAAUUACCUAAUCAUACUUGAUAUUUUAAAGAAAGAAAUCAUCAAUAAUUUAAAUGUAAAAUAAACUAACUGAAACUCACAAAAAUAUCUAAUUGUUGUACAAUAUUACUAAUAUUAGUUAUUAAUAUUUUAUAGUAUUUAUAAUUAAUAAUAUUACUGGUGCUAGAUUAUAUUUAACCAUUUUAAUUUGUACUGGCUAUAUCCUAUGGUUAAAAUGUCCUUAGUAACAUUCGUAUAUUAUAAUGUACUUACACGGUAUAUCGAUCUAUUGGAUCAUUAUUCUAUAAAAUAUUGACCUAUAAUAACUUAUAAAAAUGUUUUUUUUAUAACGACUUAUAAGUAAUAAGUGUGAAGCUGAAGAGACGACGAACAAUAUUGUACUUAUGCAAUAAGCAUGAAACGUGGUUAUUGGAGUAUUGCGUACCUAGUGUAAUAUUUUGAACCCUCGCAUUGAGGGUGAUAUUUACGAUUUAUGGAACUAGAAUUAUUGUCCGUGCAAAAGUCGGAUUUUCAGAGAUAUCUUGUAUUAAAGAUGCCAGUGCGUAGUAGUUAAUAAAAAGUAUAAAAACCUAAA